AUGUCAACCCAUACUUACAAGAAGUUUGAAGAGGCAGAGUCGGGCGUUUUGCCCGACAAAAUGACCAUUUACCAGGAUUGUUUGAAUGCGUUCAACGAAUCGCCAGUGAACUCCAAGAGAUGCCGUCUUUUGAUCUCUAGACUGCUUCAAUUGCUGGCCCAGGGUGAAACCUUUCCUAAGACGGAGGCCACGGCGCUGUUCUUUGCAGUUUCUAAGCUGUUUCAACAUCCCAACGACUCCUUGAGGCAAGUAGUUUACUUGGCUAUCAAGGAAUUGAGCGCUGUGUCGGACGACAUCUUGAUGGCAACCUCUUCUAUCAUGAAAGAUGUCCAGAAUGGUUCCGAUAUGAUCAAGCCAAAUGCCAUCCGGUCGUUGACCAGGGUAUUGGACGAGUCCACAGCGUUUUCCGCUGAACGCCUAUUCAAAUCCGGCGUAGUUAGUAAGCACCCUUCCAUUUCCUCGGCUGCGCUGGUUAGUUCUUACCAUCUUCUUCCCGUUGCUGAAAGCACUGUCAAACGUUAUUCCAACGAGACGCAGGAAGCUGUCUCAGACUUGAAAACUUUCCCCUAUCAGGAUGGCCUCUCCGAACACUAUCCAAACUCUACCUACAUUUCGCAGUAUCAUGCGCUGGGUCUCUUGUUUAUGCUCAAACACCACGACAAGAUUGCUCUCAUGAAAUUGGUGCAACAAUUCUCGUCAGGAAACACACUCAAAAAUCAAUUGGCUCAGGUUCAACUCGUCAAGCUUGUCGGGAGUUUAUUGGCCAAAGACCCUCAACUGGUCUCACAGUUCGGACCCUUGCUAUUAGGUUGGCUCUCAAACAAAUAUGAAUCUGUUCAAUUGGAAGACGCAAAAUUGAUUACCUCUUUGCCAGACCGUUAUGUGUCUCCUGAAAUUUUUGCGUCUGCAGUACAGACCCUACAGAGCCUCCUGGCGGUUCCCCGUGUCACUACUAGAUUCGCCGCUGUCAGAGUCUUGAACAAGAUUUCCAUGAUAGCUCCAGAAAAAAUUGUUAUAUGCAAUCCGGAACUGGAGUCUUUGAUCAACGACAGUAACAGAAAUGUAUCCACUUACGCGAUAACUGCUUUGUUAAAGACCGGCACUUCCAACAACAUCGCGUCUUUGAUCAAAACAAUCACCAACUUUAUUCACGAGAUUUCGGACGACUUUAAAAUUAUUAUUAUUGAUGCCGUUCGUACUAUGGCCUUGAAGUUCCCUGAGGAAUGGAAGCAUAUUUUGAAUUUCCUCGUGAAUGUCUUGAAACAAGGCGAAGGUGGUUUUCAAUUCAAAAACAGUAUCGUUGAAGCCCUGUUUGAUCUCGUCCAAUUCGUUCCACAGUCCAAGGAAGUAGCGCUCGAAAAUCUGUGCGACUUCAUUGAAGACUGUGAAUAUAACGAAAUAUUAGUGAGGAUACUUCAUUUGUUGGGUAAGGAGGGCCCAAGUAUGAAGACACCCUCGUUGUACGUCAGACACAUUUAUAAUAGGGUUGUCUUAGAAAAUUCGAUCGUUAGAUCUGCUGCUGUGGUGGCCUUAUCCAAGUUCGCGUUGGUCAAGAAUGAUCCAACGUUGGUUGAAUCGAUCGAGAUACUCUUGAGAAGAAUUUCUAAUGACGCCGAUGAUGAGGUGAGAGACAGGGCCACUAUUGCGCUCGAAUUUAUCGAGUCUAUCAAGUCAAACGGAGAAUCUGAUCCUUCCCCAGCGGAAGACCUCAUUCAAUCCAAGUAUACGUAUGAUUUGGCCUCAUUGGAGUCGAAAUUGAGCCAGUACAUGUCUGCAAAGCAAGAAUCGUUCAAGAAGCCGUUUGACGCUUCUUCAAUUUCCCGCUACACUGAGGAUGAAAGAAAGGCCAUCGAUCUUAAGAAGAAACAGGAACAGAUGUUCUCGAAGGUUCCAACUGGAAAAUCUAAGGGCAAGAGCACGGUCUCUUCGGACGCUGAAAAGAGAAAUGGAACCUACGCAGGCCCAGGAUCUGACGAAAUGGAUCAAGACUUACAAAGCGCUAAGUUCGCUGAAGAAUUGGGAUCCAUCGAUGACUUUAAAUCUUUCGGCGCUAUCGUAAACACCUCUAAGGACGUCCCAUUGACAGAAACGGAGGCCGAGUUCGUGGUCACCGGUGUCAAGCAUUUGUUCAAGAAUCACGUUGUUCUUCAAUUUCAUAUUACAAACACCUUAACGGAUGUGGCUUUAGACAAUGUCUCUGUGGGAUGCUCGCCAGCCACCUCUGGUGAUGAUUGCCCACUGUCUGAGGUUGCAACGAUAGCUGCUGAUAGAAUCAAGCCCUCUGAAACCUUUGCGACUUACGUCGCUUUUGAAAAAUCGGAGGAAGUGGUUACAGAAGAUCUUCUGAACACAUUAUAUUUCACCACUCGUGAAUUGGACCCAUCCACGCACGAGCCUUUUGACGGUGACGAAGGUUUCCAAGACGAGUAUGAAAUUGACUCUUUGCCCCUCACCGCUGGUGACUACAUCAAGGGUUCUUUUGUUGGAAACUUUUCUGCAUGCUUUGAUGAAUUGCCCAAUCACGAAGUCUCUGUUUAUAACAUCAGAGAAAACAUUCCGUUGCAAGAAGUGGUGGAUAAAGUAGUGGUAAACACAAGUUGCUUGACGUUCGAUAACACUCAAUUUGUUUCUACAGACUCUAAUACUCACACACUAAAGUUGUAUGGUAAAAGCGUGCUAAACGGAGCUAGGGUUGCUCUGGUGGUUCGCAUGAUAAAAAGUUCUAAAGGUAUUGCCUUGAAAGUCGAAGGUAGAUCUGAUGAUCCUACAUUGUGCAGCGAUGUUGUUAACGAGAUUAUUUAG